AUGGCGGAUCCCGCCGCCCCGGCCGCCCCGGUGGCCAAGAAGCAAUCGAGCCCUGCCAUCCCCGUCGGUCUGAACGAAGCCUCCCUCGACUCUCCAACCUUCCGGUCGACCUCUCAGCACUUUGGGGAGCACAUUGAUAAUGUGGAAAGAUGGCUCGACGACUACGUCAAGGCCACCUCGAAAGUGACACGCGACCUCCUGGCUCUCGAAGAAGGGGUCAACACCUACCUCUCCAAAAUCUUCCCGCCCGCUGCGACCGCCGAUGCCAUCAUCGACCACGAUUAUACACUUCUCGCGUUGCGGAGGAUUAGCGAUGGAUCAAAGGAAUGGUGGACACAGAUUAUGUCGACCGUGCGGAAGAUUGACACCAUCUCGGUCGACCCCAUCCGCUCGUUCGUGGCCGCUGACCUGCGGUCCUUCAAGGAGGUGCGGAGGGUGCUGGAACACACGCAAAGAAAUUUCGACCAGGCCAUGGCUCGCUAUAUGAGUCAGUCCAAAACGAAGGAGCCAUCUGCCAUUCGAGAGGAAGCCUUCGCCGUGUACGAAACCCGCAAAGCGUAUCUCAAGGUCUCGAUGGACUUCUGCCAGCUUGCGCCCCAAGUACGCUUCAGCCUCGACAAGUUGCUCGUCCGUGUAAGUGCCGAUUUUUGGAAGGAGAUGAAACGGUCACGGGACGCUGCCUCUGUGUCGACAAAAUGGGGUUCCGAAAUGGAACGCAUCCGCGGCUGGUCUAGGGAGAUGGAGACGUCCGAGUUCGUCUUCAAACGCGAGCUUCAGAUUGCUAGGCGAGAUAUCGGGGAGAGCACUCUGCAGGCUUUCAAGCCAUCCCGCGAGCUGGAGGAUUACAGCGCAUCCACUGUGCCGUUCCUUGGAUCCAGGGGCCCGGUAAACGUUCAGCCCCAGGAGAACUCUGCCGUUAUCUCGGAAAAGCAGGGCUGGCUUUUCUUGAAGACACUAUACGGCAAGCCCGCUCGGUCCAACUGGGUCCGUCGCUGGUAUUACUGCCGGGAUGGCAUCUUUGGCUGGCUGAUCAAUGGCUCUCAAGGCGUUUUGCAAGGCGACGAAAUCGGUGUCCUGUUGUGCAACGCGAAGCCGGCAGUGGCAGAAGAUCGCCGUUUCUGCUUCGAAGUCAAGACCAAGAGCCAGACACUGGUCCUCCAAGCCGAGACUCAGAACCAGCUGACCGAGUGGCUCGAAGUCUUCGAGGUGGCCAAGAAGCGAGCUUUCGAGGCAAGCAUGGAUAGAGAUAGCAAUCUCUCUCCUGCGGGGGCCGAUCCAGCGUUCUCCAUCACGCCACCCCCAUUGCCCGAGUUCUCUGCGAGGUCUCUGGAUGCGUUGGUUGCUGGCGAAGAACCAUCCGCCAGUUUCGACAGAGCUGGCACUCUGCCGGUUCCUGGAUCCGACAACAACAUGGCGGGCCGUGCCAGCUUCGAUGUAGGAGGCGCACCGCGUCGUUCCAUCACUGCCCUUGGUCGGGACAUUGGGCGGGAAAUGGUCCGGGAGGAUGGUGAGAGCAAUCGCGAACAUGCUGCGAGGAUCAUCCAGAAGCUAGAUCUUCACCGCAAAGCGACCUUUGGGGCUGGUGCCGAGGCUGCUGUUGCCGCUGCUGCAUCCCCAAGCAGUGGUGGCAUUGCAGGCAUGAUAGCCAGCCACGGUCAUCUGCCCGGAUACCCAUCGCCUCCUCAGAGCACGCCCAAGAAACCACCCAUUCAAAGACUGGCUUCUUUCGAUCCUGCCCAGGGUACUUUGGCUCCACUGACGCUGGCGAGACCACCAGCUGCGACCAAUCUCAGUCGGACCGCAGUCAUGUUCUCCGUCGACAGGAGCAUGGGUGGUGACAACACAAGCCACAUGCCCACUGCGGUCCUUGCAAACUACUGGGGAAGCAGUCAAUGGAGCACUGUCUACGGCUCGGGUCCUGGGCGACCCCGGACGCCUGGGCAGAUGGAGGAAAAUCCGUUUGGAAUCAUUGUUCGAGAAAUUGGGAAACCUGGCGAAGAAAAGCCCUCGACGCCUACAACCGGACACAGGAAGACGGUCAGCGUCGACGCCAAGUUCAAUCAGCCCCAUCCUCAGAUCAAACAACCUGUCGAGACGUUCCCCCCGGGCUAUCCUCCCGAGUUGAGAAUUCAGCACCACCAGUUCCGAAUCCUCUUCCCAACCGUCCCUCUCGACGAGAAGUUGGUCCUCGUGUUCCGAGCCGCCUGGUCGAGCUCAUCUGGCAAAGACUCGCCAUCAAACGGACACGGACUUGCAGGCAACGGCCGCAUCUACAUCACGCCUGACAACAUGUACUUCUACGGCCAGCAGAUGGGUCUUGUUGUGGCAUACGCCGUCAGUCUCGACAUCAUUGCUGAAGUUACAGCGGCGCCCGGAAAGGAGUGCGAUUUCAUCUUCCUCCACCUGGGAGAAGAUGGCAACGAGACCGGUUACACUAGAGUCACAAUCAAGGUUUUCCUCGACAACCUUCAGCUUUUGCAUGCUAGACUGAACCUCCUCAUCGACGAUCUCCAGUCAGAGGAACCCAUGGAGCUGUCAGAGCUCAUUACUGCUCUCAUCAACCUUGAGUUUGAGGACUAUAGCAAGCGAAGCCCAAGCGUUGAGAGCUGGGAAGAAAUCUCGUCCAACACCCCGUUUGACGACGGCACCCACUCAGGCCGUCCUCCACGACGCCAGAGUCAAUUCGGCCCCAAGCUUCGUAUAUCAGGCCAAAGUAAGCAGACGCCAAAGCUUCAGUUGCCCGCACAUCCUGUCGUCUUCGAGCCCGAAGAUAUGCAGAGGAAGGUUGCUGAGCGUCACUUUGAAAUCAGCGCCAAGGCAUGCUUCCAUGUGCUGUUUGGAGACAAGAGCUUUGUGUUCCCGAAGCUCUAUUUUGAGCGUAGAGCGCAGCAGAUUGCUCAGGGUCCCUGGACUCUCGCAGACCACGGUCGAAUGAGGCGAGAGUUUCAGUUCAAAUUCGACUACAAAGACAUGCUUGGUCGGCCAAAGACUGUCAACGUCGUCGACCACCAGACGAUGGACGUGUUCCAAGACCACGUUACGUACGUUGUCACCCACGUCAAGACGGCAUGGCAUCUGCCCCACUCGCAGUACUUCAAGUUGGUGACAAAGGUGGUGAUUACGCAUGUGGCCAAAUCCAAGUGCAAGCUCGCGAUCUACACAAAGGUGGACUGGUCUAAGAUGCCGGCAUUUUCGAAGAAUCUGGUCGAACGGCAAGCGCUGAAUGAUGCCGAGGGCGACGCCGAAGAGCUGGCGGAUGUGGCAACGGACCAGGUCCGCAAACUGGGCCCUCACAGUCGCACCAAGAGAGCAAUUCAAGUUUACGGAAACAUUGGGCAGCAGACUCAGGUCGUGCUGUUCUCGCCAGCUGAUGCUGACGCAGCGAAGAAGCAGCUUAUCAAGCCGCGCACACUGACGGCCAUGCUUCUAGAGACGCUCCGCUCCUUUGGAGAGAGCGCGGUCACGUCGCUCAUCAUGUGGGCGAUUGCUGGAGUGCAAAAGUUCUUCAGCGUAGUGACGGCACACCGACUCAUCCUUCUUCUACUGGCAGGAAGUACGUUUACGAACGUCUUCCUGACGUCAAAGGACAGUUCAAACUGGUGGAUGGAGAGGCGGGCAGCCAAGUUUAUGAACCGCGUCGGUGUUGGGCCAAACGUGAUGAUGAGCAAGGCCAUCUACAUGGCAGAUCUGGGCGAGGCAACGGGUGCAGUAGGCCACAACAGUUCCUGGCCCGCUGAUAGUGCAUGCUUCACCACGUUCCAAUUAGUUGCAAACUCCACCGAUUUGGACGCUCCGUUCGAAGACGCCGGGUCAACUCUCUCGACAGCAACGAGCCGGGCGACGGCACGCCGACUGCGUCGGACACGUCAACGUCUCGGCUCUUACAGACACGAUCUCCUGGUUGCGAUGCGCAUCGUCAACAGCAUAGAGCGGGAGAUGGUGCAGUCGGAGUGGGAGAACUGGCUAGCUGAUGAAAACGUGCGUUGCGAUAAGCUCAAGACGGUGCUCGAAGCAGACAAGUCGACCAAGACCAAACGGAGCGGCGACCAGAAGGUCAUGGCGCCGAAGAUUGAUGAGGGCAAGAGGGAGACGUUGCGGGAGUGGUACGAUACAUAUUGUGGCAGCUGCAAGUUAGAUCACGCGGCAUUGAUGAGCGAGAGAAAUUCUUUGGCAGGUCUGUAG